UGCUCAUGUAUGUACACACAUGCUGAACCCAGCUGCAAACACCAUCUUAAAGACAAAUGCACAGCACUGUAAUGAAGAAUCUACACGCUCAUUUGCUGCCAAUUUUGGCUCUGGCAAGUUUGUUGGUCAAGAUAAGUGGAUCAACCUCUCUUCACCCAGUGCUGACUGGUCCUGACUUGGCAUACCUCAGCUCCAGGGUAGCUUUCAGGUGUUUAGCGCCUGACUCCUCUCCCCCAGUCAUCUACGAGCUGAUGAGAGACGGAGGUGUCCCGAUCUCCACCGCCACUGAUGAUCAAGGGGACCAACCUGCACCCUUUUUCCUGAAGGUCACCGCAUCAUCAGAGGGGUCCUAUCACUGCAGGGCAACAGCAGGAGGGAAUACAGGAGUCAGCAAUAUCAUUAGGCUGAGUGUAGUCACUCCUGCAUCAAAUACCAUAGUCGUUCCAGAUCCCUCACCCCCUGUCAUAUACGAGGGGUCGCACGUCAUUCUGAGCUGCAACGUCUCAAAAGGCUCCCACCUGCAAUACACCUGGUUUUUCAAUAGAAAAGAGUUAACGUCUUCAACCUCUUCCUCCAUGCACCUCACCGGGAACAAGCUAGUGUUGGAGAAUGUGACCCCAGAGCAUGCUGGGAAUUACUAUUGCAUGGCUUGGUCUCAGGUGCAAGACAUCAGGAGGUUUUCCAGCAGUUCAGAGGUGCAGGUGACAGUCAAAGUUUAUGUUUCAAAACCAAGGAUCUCUUUCUACAUCUUCAAAGAGGGAGACAGUUACCGUGGCAAUGUGACCUGCUGGUCAACAAGAGGGAGUCCUCCAGUCAACUUCUCUCUUUUACUUGCCGGUCGGGAAGAAGGAUCUGUAACAGCAACUGAAUCCCUUAUCACCUGGUUCACUGUUGCCAUGGUACCAGGGCUGGACAUGGGUGUGGCUCAAUGUCAGGUGAAAAGUCAUGUGCAGGAGUUGACGAGUGAGCCUCUGACUCUGGAAGUAGUACCGGUUGGAGGCGAUGUGAGAGUGGAGGUUGAAUAUUUCUACCGAGCAGGUUUUAAACUGGCUGCAACACUACUGCACUGUAAGGUCAGCAGAGGAACUUUCCCUCACAUCACCUGGCUCUUCAAUGAGUCCGUCCUUCCCUCUGAGACACUUGAGGGCUCUCACAAUCAACCCAUCAGUCCUCACUAUGCAGUCAUUGGCAGAAGUCAAACCCUUGUUCUGGCCAAGCUUGGCCCAGAGGAGUCUGGGUAUUAUCGCUGCAGGGUGAGAAACAGCUAUGAUGACUCUGGGCCUUGGGUGGAGAGUGACGCUGUUCUGGUCCGAGCAACAGCGGUUCUCAUUACCACUAUGGAGGUCAUUUCUAUCGUGCUAUGCUGCUUCGUUCUCCUGAUGCUGAUUGUGGGUGCAGCUUUAAUUUACAAGAUCUCUGACCAGAAACAAGCUCAUGUUCAGCUCUCAACAACACGUGCUGAUGCUGCUGAUCUCACAGUGUCCGAACCUGCAUCCCAAUCAGCAGACAGACAGGAUAAUAUGAAUGAUGUUCAGAAUCAGAAAGAACUGGAUAGUAUGGUGUUACUAAUGUUUUCUUCCGUUUUUGUGGUCAUACUGGGGCUGUGCUGCUGUAGUCAGGGGAACAGUCAGUCAUUACUGGGGCGUCCACAGCUGUUUGGCCCCUCAGAGGCUCAGCACUACGACGUUGUAGAGUUCAAAUGUCAAGUAAAGACCUACCCUAAAAAUGAAGCCAUCCUGCUGCAGUUAUAUAAGGAGGGUAACCGUGACAAGCUUUUGUCUGAGUACACCUCUCUGAAAGGGGAGAUUGCAAUCUUUCCCUUGGUCAUCAAGUCACACCAUGAUGGUAACCUGGAGUGUUUGGCCAAAGCCCAGAACAACUCCAAGAUAGAGCCCACUGUCAGCCACACACACCACCUGAAGGUUGUUGUACCAGUGAAAGUUGCAGAGCUUGUCGUCGCUUCAGGUCCAGUGGAGUUCUUUGAGGGGAAGAUGUUGGAGCUACGCUGUGAUCUUACUGAGGGAAAUUAUGUUUCCUACUCCUGGCUGCUGAAUGGUCAGCCUGUCUCUCAGUCUCCUCACCAUAGAGCAGUGGAUAAUCAGCUCCAGAUCACCAGGACUACUUCCAGUGACAGCGGCUUGUACAUGUGUGUCGCCACCAACACCUUCAACAACACAAAGGUCUUCAGCUCCAACAGCUCUGUCACGAUCACAGUUAAAGAUACUGUGUCAAAACCUGACAUCUCCUUCAGCGUGUCAAAGGAGGAUUCCCACUACUAUUAUGCUGUGGUCACCUGUCAGUCGAUGAAAGGGUCUCCGCCAAUCACCUUUUCACUUUACAACAGCACUGAACUCAUUGCUAAUAUGACAACUAAAGACACAGUUGGCAUAUUUAGGGUUCCCUUAGUCCUAGGUGAACAUUUAGGGAAGCUUCGGUGUCGGGCAGUCAAUGGAGACCAGACUGCAUACAGUAAAUGGAUUCCCCUUAAAGUUGUCCCAGUCAAAGCGCCUGUGAUGAUGGACUACAAAAAAACUAUGAAUGAUCACUAUGCUGUGAUCAGCCUCAGCCUCUACUGUAAGGCUGCAAAGGGCACUCAUCCUCGCUACCAGUGGUUCCUUAAUGACACCCUCUUACAGGGGCAAGGAAGCUUUUAUCAUGUGGUGCACCAGCCUCCAGAGAGCUCCGUUCUCCUGCUGUCUGUGGGGGCAAGCAGUGCUGGGACUUACCACUGUGAGGUGUCUGACAGCUUUGAUAACACCACCACCAUCAGCAGCAGGAGGCACUAUCUGGAUGAAGACGUUCUGAAUCGUCUCCCUUUCCUUGUGGUGGUUGUAGUCUUUGGAUGUUUCAUAUUUAUGGUUCUAUUGGUCACAGUUUGUUGUGGGGUUGGAGUGAUGCUCAGGCGAAGGCAGAAUGAAGAGAAGUUUCUGGGGAACAUGGAGAUGGAGAGAGUGGUGCCUGCAUUCGAGGGAGAGCUGGACGUGACCAAUCAUGAAGAGGAUGCUGAUUUGGUUAGGACAGCCAGAGGAAGUGAAUUUGAUCAGGCUUCUUCUGAUGUCUCAGUGGAUGAGUGGCCCCAAAUAGUAAGAGAGAAGAGGACUUUAGAGGAUGAAGCUGUGGAGGAGCUCUGAGAAUUCAUACAUUAUGCUUUAUUUACAAGCUGCUGUCUAAUAAACAACUCGUGAUACUCUU